UGAGCGCUUCCCUCUGCGCCUUGCUCCCCGCGCCCGCUGACGCGGCCUCUCUGGGUCCAGCGCUGCCCACCCGAGGGAGCCCGCACACCACGCCCGCCUGACCCUCUGCCUAUCACACAAGCCGGACACCUGUACCAGGAGCUCACUGAAUACACUAAUUACAGAAUUGAAAGAUAAACAUCAUGAGUAUUUCUUCGUUAGGAGGUAUUGGGAAAGGGAGGCCUGUACCAUCUGGCGAAGAGGAGCGCAGUAAUAUCCUAAAACAGAUGAAAGUACGAACUACACUGAAGGGUGACCAGAGCUGGAUCACCAAGCAUGACGACUCUGAGGACCAUACCAUAGAGCCACUCUCAAGUCAAAGCCGAGCCACACCCUUCUCAUCCAGAGCCGAAUCAAAUGUCAGCAGGUCUCCAAACACAAAGGCUCCUGCUGGUUACAUCAUCCGGGGAGUGUUCACCCGAACAAUAGAUAGCUCUUCUCACUCCCAGCAUCGCCCCUCUAAGACCAACGGCACUCCAAGAAGUGCUUCUGGGAAGCUGGGAACAGCUAAUUCUGGUCGUCCUCUUCAGUCUGGCUAUAAGAUGACUACAGAAGAUUAUAAGAAGCUAGCACCAUAUAACAUCAGGCGCAGUUCCAUAUCAGGGACUGAGGAAGAGGAGGUGCCAUUCACCCCAGAUGAGCAGAAACGGAGGUCCCAGGCUGCAAUCGGUGUUCUGAGGAAGACAUCCCCACGGGAGCACUCUUAUGUCCUUUCAGCAGCUAAGAAGACCACUAGCAGUCCUACUCAGGAGCUGCAGUCGCCAUUCAUUGCAAAAAGGGUUGAUGUGGUAGAUGAGGACGUGCUUCCUGAGAAAAAACAGGAACCAUCUGCGCUGGCAGGACCCGAUCCUGACUUAAGCAGCUUGACAACUGAGAAGAUUGUCCAUCUGCAGAUCACAACCCCAAGAGCAGGACUCCACCUGGUGGCCCCAGAUCUGGAAGCCCUGAGCCCCUCAGCUGAUUGUAAGAUGAAUGUGGCCCCCAAGACCAUCGAGGCCUGGCAAGAGAUGCCUGCUGAUAUGAAACGUGGCCAAGGAGACAUACUUACAGCGGCUCAACAUUCUGCAGAUGCCAGCAUCCCAGACCUGCAGAGCGGCCCCAGUCAGCUCAUCAAACAUGAUGCUUGUGCCAGCAGCACUCCAGAUGCGUGUGAGGAGAAAAAUGCAGCCCCCAAGAUCAAGGCCUUACAGGAGAUACCUGGACAAGGUGACCCAACUGUGGCUUCCCAACAACUUGCAGAUCUCAGCAUCCCAGAGCCACAGAGUAGCCCCAGCGGACCUGAGCAGCAAAUCAAAGUAGAGGACUGUACCAACAAGCAAAAAAGCCCUUCAAGCUGUAUGGUCACUGUUACCAUCUCUGACACAUCCACACAGUCUCAACUGUGUGUUCCUAGUGUCUCAAGUGAGAUGGACUCCAGCUCAACUGUCAAAGGGCUUCUCUUCGUGAAGGAGUAUAUGAAUGCUAGUGAAGUGUCUUCUGGGAAGCCAGUGUUCUCACACUGUGACAGCAUUGACGACUCAUUGGAUCUGGCAAAGAAACACCCACAUGAAGGCACUCCAUCUUCUGAGAGACCAACUGAAGGGGUCUGUACUUACUGUAGCCAUGAGAUCCAAGAUUGUCCGAAGAUUACCCUUGAACAUCUUGGCAUCUGCUGCCAUGAGUAUUGUUUUAAGUGUGGUAUUUGCAAUAAGCCAAUGGGUGAUCUCCUAGACCAGAUCUUCAUUCACCAUGACACCAUCCACUGUGGGAAAUGCUAUGAGAAGCUCUUCUAGGCUGAACAGAAGCUGAUGAUCCCCAGCUGUAUUUGGCUGUCCAGUUGACCCAAAUUGUUGGCUCCUCCUCCCUUACAUCCUCCAUGGUUCCACUGUACUUCUGUCCACCUUCUACUGAAGUAUCAUACAUCUAAGAUUGUAUCACAAUGAUGUUAUAAUUACUUUUGUGUAGCCGUUUAUACCUUAGGAGUAUCUCAGUUCAGGCUUGAAAUCCUUGCUUCCAGGAUGAAUGAGUUCGCUUUGACUUCCUUAAGACAUGUUGGCUUUAUAAUGAGUGCAGUUGACCUAGUAUGUUAGACAUGGGUACAAGUCUAGGUAUCAGCAUAUGCAGACUUGCUGAGUCUUUUGAGGGGCCAAGCCAAAAACUGUUGACGAUCCCUGGUAGGGAAAUUACAGGCAUUGAAUACUAAGGGUUGGCAAUAGGCUAAUGUUUAGCUUGUCUAUUCAGUGUGUGUGUGUGUGUGUGUGUGUGUGUGUGUGUGUGUGUGUAUUUUAAAUUUUCUCACAAUUUUUAAAAUAGUUCAUUGUUUUUGAUUGAAUUAUGUAGCAGAUUUAAAUUCCCUCCUCCCAUUCUCCUUUGAGUUUUUCCAGUCAGGUAUGUUAGUACAUGUUGGAAAGUUUACCCAGGUUUAAAUUUGAUAAGAUACAAUAUUAGGAGGCUUCUAACCAAAGGGUAUCUAUGUCUGUGUCAAAAUUCUGUUUGAAUUUUGAUAGUUGGUUAAAAAUCUUUACCCUCAGUAUUCCUGGACUUUUAUUCUCUGAACUGCUUUUAAGGUAUGUAGAUUUCAAAAGGCUAAAGAAGAAAAUAGAUGAGGUUUCUUGAAACAUCACCACACACCCGGCAUCGCCAGGACGAAUUGGCUUUAAUCUCAUUAAUAAUCUCUAAGACAUUCUCAUCUCCAUUUUAGAAAUAAAGACUAAUGCUCAGAGAAGUGGGAAAAAAACCCUGUAAAACCACUGUUGUCUCUCUCUGGAGCACAGACUUUCUCCAGAAGCAAUAACCAUGGUGGCAUUGACCAAAUUUGUUCCUGGGUGAAAGCCUCUAUUUGGAGAGGGAAAGGGAGCAAUUAAAUUACUGUAGUGUUGCAAGAAGGGACCCAAGAAGCCCAGAGAUGGGGUGAAUUUCACACUUUUCAAAACCAUUUCUAACACUAUGCUUCAAGGAAAUAUUUUACAGUAGGAACAGGGGCCCUUCAAACAGUGCCUGUGAAAUUUGGCUUCUGCAACUUCUCAGUGAAAUGUGCAGUAGGCUUUCUUCCCGGAUCACACAGCCUUUUGUGACCUGUUUUCUAGACCUGAAUCUGUCUCAAACUAACAUCAACUUUUAGGUCCCCAGGUACUCAAAACACUAGCAGUUGAUGUCUGGCACAGCAAAGGCAGCUUCAUUCCUGCAGUUUGCUAAUAUGCUGCUCUGAGUUAACCUCGCCCUGCUGCCUUUGGGCUCAGCAUUAAACUGGAAACUUGUUGAAAGGAAAAAUAGACCUCAAGACUUGGGGAUACAAAAUGGAGGCCUCUUUGUUGGACUUACUUAUAAGAUAGCUCUUCUCUUUCUCCAGACUUUGAACCCUAAACACAUUUGACUGUCUACUUGUACUUCCUAUAGGUAAUCAGACAAGAACAUUCUAUUUAUUUGACUACUUAUCUGUUACCUGUACUCUGAAGGGGAGGUGUUUAUUGUGCCGCACCCCAAUACUAAUUAUGAACUCGGCUAUCUCAAGUUCAGCUCUAGGAUAGGGAAAAACCCUGUAAAACCACUGUUGUCUCUCUCUGGAGCACAUACUUUCUCCAGAAGCAAUAACCAUUAGCAUAUGGUGGGCAAAAACAUAUGUGUGCCAAAUGAAUUAGGAAGAGAAAACUAAGUCACUCCCUUAGUUACCUGGGCAUUUCAGUGCAGGCCUCAUAAAUGGAGUAAGAAGCUCUAGAUCUGAUGGAUUCCCUACAUUAAAGGUGUACUCUGCCAUUUAAGGAGUUUUAGAAAUAUGGAAUAUACUUAAAGACAGCUUGUAAGGUUACUAUUGAUUUGAAUCCAAAAUAGCCCUUUUGAGUCUUAGACACAAAAUUCUGCAGUUAACAAAGAGGGAUGGUUUUGCAUUGAUUUACUUCUUUUUAAUUGCUUAAUGUUUUUAAUUAUACUUGCUUAAUCCACAUUAAUGUACACAAAUUAUAAUAAAUGUUAAGAUAUUA